UGUAUGAUAGACCCCCCCCCGGAGUGAUUCAUCACCGCUCUCUAGACGAUCUUUGUGCUGCACACGAAAGGGAGAGGAAACGGCGACUUCUCCAUUCCGAAACCUCCUCUCGUCUUUAGCGCUAACGAAUGUUUGAUCGACAGGACCUUUGAGGCGAGCAACGUUUAAUCCUCGGAUUCAGCCAGGGCUUCUCGGUUUGCUUCUUUUGACUCCCUUCCCCCGCAGAGCACUGCUGUCGACCGCGAGGACUUGGCUUUGAAAUCCCAGGCGCCAGAUUUAUCGAGCCAGACUGCACGAAGUUGAUAGGCAAGCUAGCUAGCUAGCUAGCCACCAAGCUAAGUCUUAGCUAGCUUGCAGUGCUGGUCGGGGGGAGCCCGUUUUAUUUUUUUUCUUUGCAAACAUUUUUUUGGGGGGGUGGCGUUUUGUCAUCGCGUUCCAACUGCCCGUGGCUGUUUCCCCUUAAAUCUGAAGAGUACUUGCGGUGAGGUUUAAGCGGUAAGCCGGUUGUUCCUCGCUAGCGUGCUCGAUAUAGCGUGCUAGCUAAUACCCUGCGUAUUUAGCCUGGAAGUCAGCUCAAGGCCUCAGUCCAUUGCCACCAACAGCUGCCACCGCCGCCACCAAAGUAUUUGCAUUGCCCCGCAGUGAGAGGUGACAGCUAACUUGGUGACGCAGAGACUUCUCCCUGAGGAGCCAAGAAGCAGACGGCUCAUGACUUCUGACCAGGACACGAAAGUUGUAGCUGAACCACAGGUGCAGCAAGUACAAGAGGCAAAAGAGAACUCUCAUUUGGAAUCCGCCAAGGUUUCAGACCUCAACCCCAAUGCGAAAGCAUGGGCCAACCACAUGUUUAGCCUGGACCCCAGCGGGAGUGCUGACACCACAACUGCUGCCCUGCAGCCAUGGAAGGAAGGCUGCGAUAGUUCGGCCGACCCUGGCCCAGAAGGCUAUGAAGCCAGUGAAGACAAGGCUUACAAGGAGCCCCUACUAACCAACCCAGAUGAGCCUCCACCGGUACCAGUAAUGCUGGCUGAGCCGGCACCUGUGGCCUCCGUCACCCUGGAGCCAGCCUAUACAGAAUACCCCGAGCCUGGGCAGCCUGGGCAAACAGGCGGUGACCCCCAGCCCGAGAACCCCCAGGAGGGCUUGAGGGAGCACCUGAAGAAGACCCUGGAGUUCUGUCUCUCCCGGGAGAAUCUGGCCAGCGACAUGUACCUCAUCUCCCAGAUGGACAGCGACCAAUACGUGCCAAUUGUGACGGUGGCCAACCUGGACCAUGUCAAAAAGCUCAGCACUGACAUGGAGCUGAUCGUGGACAUUUUGCGAUCUCUGCCAUUGGUCCAGGUGGAUGAGAAGGGGGAGAAGGUGCGACCCAAUCAGAACCGCUGCAUUGUGAUCCUCAGAGAGGUUCCCGAGAGCACGCCCAUAGAGGAGGUCGAGGCUCUUUUUAAAGGGGACAACUUACCCAAGUUCAUCAACUGUGAAUUUGCCUACAACGACAACUGGUUCAUCACCUUUGAAUCUGAAGCAGAUGCACAGCAGGCAUAUCAGUAUCUGCGUGAGGAGGUGAAAACCUUCCAAGGGAAGCCAAUUAAGGCGAGGAUAAAGGCGAAGGCAAUCGCUAUCAACACUUUCAUGCCAAAGAACGGUUACCGGCCGGUGGAGGUGAACCCAUACGCCCAGCAGCGCUACACGUCCUACUACAUCCCGCCCGUUUACAGCCCCCAGCAGCAGUUCCCCUUAUACAGCCUCAUCACGCCGCAGGCCUGGUCGGCCACACACAGCUUCAUCGACCCCUCGCUGGUUGCUCCAUUUCACAACAACCAGUUCAUCAACGGAUUUACCACAUCACACAGUUUCAAACCAGCCACGUCCCCCCUCACUGUCAGACACUACUCGCCCAGGAACAGGAAUCACAGUAAACCUCACUUGAGGCCGACCAUCCCCACAGCGGACCGCAGCACGGGGCUCCUGGACAGCCCGGGCCUCUUCCCCAGCUUCCCCAGCGAGAGGCUCAAUGGGGUCCGCAGCAGCCCUCCGACACGACUCCCCACCAGUCAGCCCAGAACAAGGUUACCCUCCACCGCGGCCUUCCCUCGUAGGGACACCGUCGGCACUGGGCGAGUAACUGAGCCCACAACCACAGACUACUCCCUGGGCAUCGGUCGAGGAAGGAAAAAUGUUUCUGCUUCUAGGAAAAAGAGGGAUGAAAAGUUUACAAGAGUGACGCCUCAGUCGCCGCCUCCUCCUCCCAAGCCCCCGUCUCCGAGCUUCGAGCUGGGCCUCUCCAGCUUCCCCCCCCUGCCCGGAGCAGCCGGCCAGCUCAAGACAGACGACGUGUUUGACAACCGGCUGGCCAGCAGCGUAGUUGUCGGAGCCGCCAAGGAACGGAAUGUAAGCGCUGAGUCCAGUACUGGAGGAAUGCUCUCUCCAGCCGGCCCCAAAGAGCCACUGCGGUCCUCCACCUGCCCGAUGCCUACAAACUUCCAGCCCUCGCCCGCCACCCCGACCCCGGCAUCGGCCCCGACACUGACCCCAGCCGCCGGCCCGCCACAUAGUCCCGCUCCGUCCCUCCCAGUAGUGGAGGUGAAGGUGAUGGAGGUGAAGCCAAAGGAGUCGCAGUUGACUGUGGAGCGAGUUCCUGGCACUCUGUCCACUGCAAGCAAAUCAGUGCAAGUCAACGGCGCUGCCACGGAGCUGAGGAAGCCCUCCUACGCUGAGAUCUGCCAGCGGGUGAAGGACGCCCCGACAUUACAGCAACCGCCGACCCCAAAGGAAGCCAAGCCAGCCUGCGCUGUCCCCGCAGGCGAGGAGAGGAAGUGCCCCGAAGCCUCCGCCCCUGCAGGGGAGGCCAAGGCCAGAGAGACAUACGCCCCCUCCUCCAAGCCCAGCUCGGCGGCCGUCACCCCGGGCAGACCCCCGAGGGAGGCCAGAAGGCCGGGCGGGCGGUGGGCCUCUCCGCCCCCGCACCCAGGGAAAACCCCGAGCAAAGAUCCCCACCACACCCCGCCCAAGUCCCCGCAGUAGGGCGACUCCCUGCCCCUCCCCGAGUCCUCCAGCCCCCUCCCCACUAUGCUCCACAGAUGUGUUUAAAAAAGGAAAUAUAAGUCAGGGCUACUCAGUACUUAUAUCCCAGAAUCACCAGUCACAAACAAGCAUAGAGGACGCCUUCUUUUCUUGAUCAGGGCUUGCAGACAAAAAGCACUUUACUGUGCAUGUAGAGCACCGUUUCAUUCUUUUUAUUCUAUUUAUUUGCUUUUUUUUUUUUUCUUUUCUUUUUAAUUUUUAAAAUUUCAGUUUAACUUCUCCUUUUCUCUUUUUGCAUUACGUAGUUGUGUCAGCCGUAAGUUGGCACAGACAACACUGAAAUUUAUUCAUUCUGUCCAAACGGCCUUGUGGGAUUAAAGUAGUCUUGUGUGCGAAGCAGCGGGGCAUUGUUGGAAGCCGCCCCAGUGGAUGAUGGGAAAGAUUGCGUAUAACAGACUCCACCUUGUUUGGCUCUCAAAGUGAGGGGUUUGUUUGCAUGAUGAGUGGCACUGUUGUGCAACUUUAUGUAGCUUAAUUAUGGGUCAUAAUCAUCCGAUGUGUUUUUAAUACAUAUUCACAUCCAUAUGCAACUAAACAUCUAAAUCUCAUCACAACAACACUGGGGUUUCUUUGGUUUACAUCACCUCAGUGGUUUGUUUUUGUUUUUUUGGUUUUUCUCAGAUUUUUUUUACGCUAGAUGACUUUUGUUUGUUGUAAAUGUUUCUUUUUCCCAAGUUCAGCUUUGCUUGCAGACUGGUCGACUAUUGGUACAGUUACUGCCAGUAAUCAGCGUUUUCUUCCUCUGAUUGUUUUGUCUACAAAGAAUCGCCUGCCUCUGCUGUUUUUGAUGUUUUUACUGUUUGCUAACCCUGCUAACCUGCUAGUUCAGUUGCAUAGCUUGUGUCUCACAGCCGAUGUGACACCAGUGCUGUUUUUAGUGUCGGACAGGAAGGGCAUUUGGAUAUCUGCAACCAAAAUUUUGCUUAAAGACGUGCGAGGAAUCAAGGCACCUGAUGUUGGCCCAAAUUUAUUUGUGUUAGAAAUGUCUAAGUGGGUUAAGGUGGUUUUUCCGGUUGUUCUCAGCGUGUGUGAAGAAAUUUAAGGAGUCAGGGGAAGCUACAUUUUCUUGGCGUUGCAUUUUUGGGAAAAGCAAAGCAGGCUCUCGCAGCUACAGCGCUCUCCUCUCUUCCCAUUUCCUAUUAAAAACUGUGGAAUAAAACUAUCAGCAGGCACAUACUUCCAAAGGAAGACGCAGGGUAGGUUUUAGGUCGAAAAAACCUGAACUCCGGUAGUGACGCUAAGACAGCUGCUUCUGGUGUAAGCAGUUAGGUUCACUCUGGAGGCGAGGAGGAAAUUAACACUAGCUACCAUUCAGGUGCUCAGUAAACCCUCGCCACUGAUAACCACUGUGACGGGUAACGAACUGUCAUGAGGAGGACGUGUAGGCACGCUUGUUCCGAACCUCUGCUGAGACAACGUGACUCUUCAGGGGACAAAAAAAGUGUAAAUGUCCUGCCUGGAGAGCAUUCGGUUGAGUUUCGGCACAGAGAGGUGACAGUGGGAUGUUUCUUGUUCAAACCAUUCAAACAGUGGCAUGUUUGUAGUUCUCUCUCCUAGAUAUGGUGCUAGAUGUCAAAUCCUGGAAUCUGUUACAAUUCAUCUGAUACCAUAUGUAGAAAUACUUGAUUUACAUCUGCAGAACUUUAUUCGCACUGUUGGUCUUUUCUCAGACUUCCGAGCAAAUGUAUUAGAUUAUCUUACCUGAAGCAAAUAAAAAAGGGAAUCGAUCCUGAAAAUCAAGGAGUGAAACACGAUGCAAAUUCAGUUUUCCAGGAGCAAAUAAACCUGAGGACCCUGCAGCACCAUCUCUGUAGACAUAAUCGCCGAAGCCUUUUGUUUUCGUUCUUCUGCCUUGUGGAUGCCUGUUGAACUCACUGUGGUGGAGGAUGGAUGUUUGUGCAGCAUCACAGGACUUCACGGCGCCGUCCAGCUCGUUGUAUUUUCGACGGCUCGUCACCGAUGCUGAUAGAGAUUUUUUUAUUUUUGCUGAAGGAUUUGGUGCUCGUGUAGGCAUGCAUUUGUUAGGAUUUUGGCCUCUGGUUUUGUAUCAAUGAGGAUUUUCAUCGAAAGAGUGCUUGUAAAAAUGAUGUAUACGGAAAGUGAGACUGCUGAAUAGACCUGGAGUUUUUUUGAUGAAACUUAACCGAUGAAGCUAAAUGAUGAGUGGGGGGGGUUUUUUGGAACGUAGUUUGUCAUGUUGGAGUGUGAAAGAUUUUUUUUUUUUUUGGGAGUCCAAUUUGGGGCUCGUAUGAACAGCGAUGGACCAAACAUCCUUUGAAAAUGUAAGCAUUUAGCGAACGGGCAGACGAGCAGGUGGGUUUACGAACGGGAAUGUGAUCAGGGAAAUCUGACACUGUCAUGUAAAAUCCAUCCUCGGGGUGGCGAUGUUCAGCUCCUCCUUAUUCCUUGUUGAGUCUUUACCACUAGGGUUGUUUGUCCUUUUUUUUUUUUUCCUGUUGUUUUGUUUGUUUUUUGGUGUGUUGGCAUGCUGUUGUCGGUUUCUUCUACUUCGUGUUUGCACACUUUGAUUUGUCCUGAGUUUAAAACUGUUAAUUAAAAAAAUUGGAAAAGAUUGACCAAAGCACACAGUCUUUCUUGCUACUUCACUUCUUUUUUCUUGGAUAAAUUGCAGCCGACAUGAGUUAAAUUUAAAGCACAGAGUAAAGGAAAACAACCUUUUUACAUCCUUUACUCACCACGAGCCUACAAGACGUGGUUCAGGACCGAGACGUAAAAACUGGCAACCAGAUCCGAGGGUUUACCGGACAUAAUUGAGCAAUGUUUUGGACGAGAGCUGGUGGGAAAUUUUGAUUUUGAUUCCUAUGUCAAAGUAAAGUAGCAAGAAUGCAAAUUCAGGGAGGGAAGUUGUGGAACCUGGUCUGACCUAGUUAAAUUUCUGCUUUGGUUGGUACGUCUGUUUCCUGUAGCAGCCACUUUGGCAAAUAAACCAACCAAGUCUCUGAUGUUUUAUUGUAUUCUAAAAAUAGUAUCUGCUGGUGAAAUGGUAAAAAAAAAAUAUCGUUGGUGUACGAGUUUCGAAAUGAGAGCCGAGAUAUAAAGCUGUAAUUAAAAAAUGUCAAACGUUAGUUGUUUUUUUUGUUUUUGUUUGUUUGUUUGUUUCUUUUGGGGGGGGGGGGCCUAACAGACCUGAAGUCAGUUUCCCUCCCUGCUCAUCAGUCGUGUGCUCGGGUUAAUCUCUUGAAGUUGUCACCUCAGAUGCAAAACCCUUAAAAUAAAAAAACAAAACAAAAAAAACACUGUACUAUACACGAUAUCUGUUUGGGGUUGAACACAACCCUACACAACGUGGGACCUCGCAGGUCUCGCCAAAGUCUUCCUGCAACAAGACUCAUUCUGGGUAAUCCCACUAAGAGAAAACAGGAGCCCAUCAGGAGAAAGGAAAGCGUCAUUAAAAAGCCUGAACUCCCGCUCACAGCUGCUUUUGGUUUAGACGCUAAGUCUUGAGUUUGCUUAAAAGGUUGUUUUUUUUUUUGUUUUUUUGAAGGACUGAGAUGCACUUGGAUGGGUCGAUUUAUUAUUUUCUUCUUUUCUCAUCAGUGGAUACGGUUAAAGAGAUGAAAAGUUACCAUAUCCACAUAUUUAUUCCAUGAGAAAUAUCCCUGUUUGUUUUUUGUUGGGUUUUUUUUGUCUUUUUCUUUUAGGGAGAAGAAAAACUUAGAUGCAUCAAGGUAUCUAUAUAUAGAUCUAUCUAUAUAUAGCUAGAUAUAUAUAGAUGUAUAUCUAUAUCUAUAUAUAUAUAUUCGCAAAAUGUAAAAACAUUUCCAUCCAGUGUUUGAGAAACUUGAAUUUUAUUUAAACUUGAAAAAUGACUUUGCCUUAACUUUUAUACAAGACAAGCAUAGAGUUUAUUUCUUUUCAAAAAAAAAAAAUCCCCCGAAAUGUUAACAAAGCGUAAAAAUGUGGAAAAUAUUUAGUCAUAUUAGACGUCACAAGUCUUACAGAGCGAGAGAGAGAGAGAGAGAGUACAAAUCUAGCAGCAUUUUCUUUUGUUUUCGCUUUUUUUGUUGUUGUAAAAUGUACGAAAAAGAAUCAUUCUGAUUGUUCUUUGUUUCUUGUUUAGUUUUUUUUUU